AUGGGGUGCUCCCAUGCCGCCGGCCAACAGCCGACGAACGAGAUUCACAAGGAGGUCCACGACCUGCGAGGCGACUUGAAGGCGCUCCGACAUGAGCUGCGCGAGACGCGAAUGCAUCAGCGUCCAGCUACUGGAGACGGAGAUGUGGAGCUCAAAACUGGUGCCGACCCGGGUGGCUACUCACGUGGGAUGAGCCAGUUGACCAACUCCAUGAACGUGGGUCAGAAGCCCACGGAGGGGAGCGUCUCGCUGGACACGCCCAAAGGUUACAUCGCGCCAAUCGCUGAGCCGGCCAACGAGAUCUUGAGCUUCCUGUGGCCCCGAAUCUCGCAUUGGGCACACGAGCUGAUCACGAAGGAGAUCGGUCCCAUGGUCCGCUCAGCUUUGCCGUCGCAACUACAGGCGAGCCAAAACGGUCAGAAUGAAGGUUGA